AUGGAAAAACGAAUGAAAUUCGCAACACAAGCUGGAACUUUAGAACAUACACUUGAUCUUAAUAUAAAUCCUUACUCAACUUCCACAAGAAUUGCAAAGGAGAUAUCAACUAAAAUCUGUUGCAAGAAAGAUGGCCAAUAUGUUAACAUUAGUAUUGGAAAAGUUGUUGCUACAACUUAUAUUCGCUCAGAAGUUGUUACAACAACUUCAUCCACAUUCCUUUGGUGGGAAUGGGAUAAGUCAACAACAAUAGAAUGGAGACCUCUUACAGGAUCCGAACUUUCUCAAGUUGAAGAUUAUCUUUCAAAUCUUGCACAUAUCUAUGACUUCAGAAUGAAUGAAGUCACAUACUAA